AGUGGUGACAGAGCAACACAAACAGAGGCUGAACAGUCGUUUUAAGGAAUCAUGGAUUACGGUGAUUAUAAUAACACAUAUACUGGCAUUAUUGAGUCUGUGCCUCCUGAGAUUCAGCCGAUCCAGAUAGUGGCCCUGGUCAUGUACAGCCUUGUGGUCCUGCUGGGUGUGCCUGGAAAUGCUCUGGUGGUGUGGGUGACGGGGUUCUGCAUGUCCCGCUCUGUCACCUCCCUCUGGUUCCUCAACCUCGCUCUGGCUGAUCUUCUGUGCUGCCUCUCCAUCCCCUUGCUUAUGGUCCCUCUGGUCCACGACGACCACUGGCACUUUGGUCCGCUGGCCUGCAUGCUCAUCAGAGGCCUGUUUUACUUGGUGAUGUACUGCAGCAUCCUGCAGCUGGUUGUGAUCAGCGUGGAUCGUUUGUUGCUGGUCAUCAGACCCAUCUGGUGUCAGAACCACAGGCGACCCAAACAGGGUGCUUAUGGAUGUGUUGCUGUGUGGGUCCUGGCCUUGAUAGGCAGUAUCCCACAGUUUGUGUACGCCAAGGAGAUUGAGGCAGGUGACGAGAAGAGAGAGUGUAGGAUGGAGUACACUGUAGACGGUGCCUGGCCUGUCUCUGUUUUUCGCUUCCUGAUUGGAUUCAUUAUUCCUUUCCUGGUUAUUCUAGUUUGUCACUUGGUGGUCUUCAGCAAGACACAGAGGGGAAUGACACGAGGUCGGACCCGGUCCAAGAAAACACUGAGGGUCAUCAUCGCUGUGGUGCUGAGCUUCUUCUUGUGCUGGAUACCUCUGCACAUCGUGGAUUUCCUCAUACUGACCACCCCUCGGGUUUCCUCUGCGAGCCCCAAACUUCACCUGGCACACGUUAUAGCGCUCUGCCUGGCUUACUUCAACAGCUGCCUCAACCCUAUGCUCUAUGUGUGUCUCGGUCAAAGCUUCAAAGACAGCAUGAACCGCUCCCUGCGUAACAUCCUCCACUUCAUCAGCGAGGACCCGACCACCAAGAUCAGCAUCACCCAUAUGGACACCAAGAGCACCAGUAAUGGCAAGGAGAUGACAAAAAUAUGAUUGUGUACUGACUCUAAUACACAGACAGGACUGCUGUAAUAUACCAAUUUCCAUCACAGUUGAAGUUUCACAAAAGAAUAAGUAAAUUCUGCUGGCCUUGGCUUGGUUAUGAGCCAUUAGAUUUGACUUGAUUUAUAUGAGUAAAAAAACGUCUGCGGAUACAAAUACCCUGCCUUCACUUUUCAUGAGCUAUUAAGAUUUUUUUCUGGUUAAGUUUGGUGGUAAGUAAAUAUGUUUUAAAGAAUCUUUAGAGGUUUCAAAUGAGGAACCGUUACUCAUUCUGCAACCUUUCUGUGAAACAUCACUUCUUAUGCAACAAAAGUUUUGGCACUUCUAUUUUUUUCUCUCACAAAAGGAAUAUUUUAGAUUCUAUUGAGGUAUUUGUUUUUUAGCAUUUAUCGUCUGCCUUUUUGUCACAUUUUUGCUCAAAUUGUUUGACAGAAAUAAAAUAUAUACACAGAAGUUUGAUUUCUUUACACCUAUGAUUACAGAAAGGUGCAGUAAGUGUUAUUUUCAUACACCACAAGAGGGAGACACACUUUAAAUCUCUGAAGCUCCAUUUCUUAAGGUUAAAAAACAGAUGGACCUUAUGAUUAAUAACCUGUAUCAUAUAAGUGUAUUGGACACUACAUGAGGCCUACUGUGGCUGCUGUAGGACAAACAUGUUUCAAACAUGUUUUAGACAGGCAAGAAAGAUAAGGGAUAUUAAAUUUAGACUGUACCUCAUAACAACCUCAGCUGGCCAGCUUGUGUAAGACAAGACAAAGAAUAGCCUGAUUUUUCUGAGUGCAUAAAACUAAUUUUUUACCCACUGACAAACAUUUCAAGUUCUACUAAAUUGUAAUAAGCAGAAAAUCGAGCUGCAAAAUGUAAAACUGCCUGUUUCCAUUUAAUAACACAUUAAUAACCUAUUAAGACUAACUUUAAAUAGUGUGACUAUUACCUGGAAAUAUCUCUGUUAGUUUCUGUGUAAUAAGCAGGAAACAGAGCUGCAAAAUGCAGAACUGCCUGUCUCUGUUUAAUAACAUCUAGUAAUGACUACUGUGGCAAUUUCUUUAUAAUAAGCAGGAAUUUAAUACCAUGGUCACAAUAGCUGAUUAAAACAAACAUAAGGAAGUCUUUAAUGAACUGGAAAGACUUAAACAAAAUGCAAAUAAUUAAGUUGAAAGGAAUAAUACAUAUGAAUAUAUUAGAUUUGUAUAGAAGUGUAGAGGAACCUCUUAGGAAAGAAAGUGGAACACAUUAUUAAAAUGUCCAGUACAUAAAAAUAAGAUGCCAUCCAUGUUCUCCCGCUUGUCUAAUCCAAACAUCCAGCCUCUAGCAGCAAGUAGCACCAAGCUGCCAGCUUCCAUAAUGAAAGAUUUGAAGUUUUGCAUGCGUGAUGUAAUUGCCAAUUCUUUGAGCAACAAUUUCAUAGAACUAAUGAUAAAAUGCACCAUUAUAAUUUGUGCAAAAAUUCACAUAAUUAAUUUAGUUUUUCCCUUUUCUGCCCCCCCCCCAAAAUAAAAAUGUUAGAAUACUUAAUGUCUACUACCACUACAAAUUUCACUAGGGGUGGAUAGCUAUAUUCUGAGUACACCACACCUCCAACCUCUUGCCUAGAUUUGACAUUAACAGCCACUGAUGUUCAAAAACUGCCACAAACCGUUGGAAUAAAUUGUUGUAAUAAAAUGCAGUAUGCCUAUCAACGCCGUUCAAUCGCUCCAGUUUACACACGGGGACAAAACGUAUGGCUGGCGGGCAAGGACAUUCCACUCAGGACUGAGUCACGCAAACUGUCACCACUGUAUAUUAGCCCAUUUGAAAUUGACAGGGAGGCGACUCUUGAGGGUGGGUACUGUCAUGGUUCGGGUGACUGGCAGAAUUUUUCCGUAGAGCUGCGAGUCUCCUCGUCUGGGCGGAGCUGACCUUAUUUCCUCCCUGGUUAAGUACCCAGACACAUUUAAUUUAGAGCUCUAUGUGCAUGCACUUCAUUUUUGUUUGCUGGCCAGCUUCUCUAAUUUUCCUUCAAGCACUAUUUAGAGACAUUCGCUUCCAAUUUGUUUUGGGCAUUAUAGUUUUGUUUUCUUGGAGUGAGACAGGACUCAAUAACUGAAACGACAUAUGCACAUAUCUCAGGGUUAGGUACAAAUGCGUUGAACCACAACAUCAGUGGAAGUGUUGUAAUUGAUUCUAACAUUUAUUUCCAUAUUAGUUGUGAUCAUAAGUUAAAGGGGACAUAAAUUUAGUCUGCACCAUAGUCUAUUCAACUGCAGGUGAGUCAUUUGGAGAACUGUCAGUCCAGUGAUAGUGCUGGUAUGCCAGCUGUGAAAACAGAAGAUGGCAUGGUCCUGGCCUAACAGCUGUUUAUAUACCAUAAGACUUAAAAUCUGUAUGAGAAAUACUGCUUCUUUGUUGUAUUACUCCAAAAUGUGAUUUCUAGACUACUUAAGUGGCUUCCUUAGUUU